AGCAUGCGAGGGAAGCAGUUUUGUGCAGCGUUUCUGGUCACUGUCUACAUCACAGCAUUCGAAUGUAAACUCGAAAUUUUUGGACUCAAAAAAUACAACAUGGCAAAGUUUUUACAGACCAAGCUUCCAAUAUGGACGUUCUACACAACCAGUGGCGGCAACGCUGAAUGUGAGGUGGAAGUCGUACAAACAAUUACCCAGAAAUCAGCUGCCUUGAUGCGAUAUUUCUACGACGGUUCAAAAAAGGUGGCAAGCCCUCAGCUGGGCACGUUCGAUCAACGUCAUAAAGACUACAUGACCGUUCGAACACCAGGUGGUUAUUAUUUGCAAGAAAGGAUUGUCUACGCCAAGCACGAUUACUCCUGUGCAGUUAUUGAAGUCACGAUGAAGUUAUGCGGUCACAAACACAUAUAUGACCUCCUCGUUUCGAACUCGUCAAUAAAAACUGGUCCUCACCACAAGUGUAUCAAGCAAUACCGAAAACGAGAAAGCAAGGGAAGAAGGGUGUACCAUCCGUAUUGCCAAGACAUACUUAAAAACCGUGGUUCCUUUCAGAAUCAGUCAACCAAAGUAGAAAGGUGCCUCCGCUAGCUUAUGUAUGCACUUAAUAUUUGCUGUUAAGAGAUGUGGCACAGAAACAUUGCAACUGAUGACACUGAUAUGCAGAACUUACUUGUACAAUAUGUGUCAUAUUCAAUAUUCACGCUCAAUAUACGUAAUAAGCUAAGUAGAACAUGACGGUAAACAUAAUGUCGCAGUCUGGCUUUGCCGAAAUUCAGUUAUAGGGGUAGUUAUUUACUGU